CUAAUUCCCCGUUUCAAAAUAUUUCUUCCAAGUCUAGAUCAAUUCAUCAAGACCUUGUAGAUCCACGCAAGUUCAGCGAUAAUGGGUGUUAUUGGAGUCGUCGCUAGACGCUUGGACACGUUCAUCGGGCCUGGAGUGAUGCUUGUUUUUCCACUGUAUGCAUCCAUGAGAGCGAUAGAGAGCCCCACAACCCUAGAUGAUCAGCAGUGGCUAACCUACUGGGUCUUAUACUCCUUCAUAACGCUAUUCGAGCUAUCUUGUUCUCAAAUUCUAGCAUGGCUACCCUUCUGGCCGUAUGUAAAGCUUGUGUUCUGCAUGUGGCUGGUGUUACCAAUCUUCAAUGGAGCUGCAUAUAUUUACCAGAAUUUUGUGAGGAAGUACGUGAAGAUCGGUGAUUACGUGAGCUCACAUUAUUCGGACAGCCAAAAGAAGGUCCUUCUCAUGAUGAGCCUUGAUGCAAGAAAGUCUGUCGAGCGUUUCAUCGAAAGAUAUGGACCCGAUGCUUUUGAUCGAGUCAUCAAAGCGGCCGAAAAGGAAGCGAAGAAGCAGAAGGAGGCGAGAUCUUAGUUCGUUCCUUCUUUAUAUACUUCACGGAAAACUCAAACAUAUAUGGAACUCGUAUUCACAGUUCUUCGUGUAAAGAACACUUGAGAAUGGUAUAUAUUCACGUUGAACUCAGUAUAAAAGAUUAUUUUGUGUUUA